AUGGCUACCGUUAACGUUCGACGUGAUGUCAAAGAUUCCUUUUACCGUUACAAGAUGCCACGCCUCAUUACCAAGGUUGAAGGCAAGGGCAAUGGUAUCAAAACGGUUGUUCCCAACAUGGCUGAAAUUGCUCGUGCUUUGUCUCGUCCUCCUGCUUACCCCACCAAGUUUUUUGGUUGUGAACUCGGAGCUCAAGUCAAGUGUGACGACAAGAAUGAACGCUACAUUGUGAACGGUGAGCAUGACGCCAACAAGCUUCAAAGCAUUCUCGAUGGCUUCAUCACCAAAUUUGUGCUCUGUCCUUCCUGCCAGAACCCAGAAACUGAUAUUAUUAUCAAGAACGAUGAUAUUCUUAUGGAUUGCAAGGCCUGUGGUGCUCGCAACAUGGGUGAGAACCGCCACAAGUUGGCCACCUUCAUUGUCAAGAACCCUCCUGCUACCGCAUCCAAGAAUCAACGUAGACAGCGCAAGGCCGCUCAUGCUCAAGCCAAUGGUACAGAUGAAAAUGGCAUGCCUGGUUCUCCUGUACAAGAGGAUCUCGAUGAAGAUGGUGAGGAGGCUGAUAUUAUCACCAAGCGUAUCAAUAAGCAAGCUGCUGGUUUGUCCUUUGAGAGUCAAUUGGCCAAUGAAGAUUGGUCUGAGGAUACAAGCGAACAAGCUGUGGCUGCCCGUAUGAAGGAGCUCUCGGUCAAGGGUAUCGGUGGCGCCUUUGCUGGUGGCGGUGACGAUGACGACGAUGAAGGAGGUGCUGAUCGUUACGAAUCCUUUGGUGUUUGGCUUGAGGAGCAGGGUUCUGAUAUCAGCGACAAGGAAAUCAUUGCCAAGGCCGAUGAGCUUGGUGUGUUAGGCAAGUACAAGUCAUGCCAAGUCCUCGCCCAAGUCUUGUUCAAUGAUACCAUUGUGCAACAAAUUCCCAAGCGUGAAAAGCUCUUGGCCAAGUUCGUUACCGGUGAAAAGCACCAAAAGUAUUUGCUCGGUGGUAUCGAACGUCUCGUCGGUCUCGAAUACAAGGAUGCUCUUCUCAAGAAAAUGCCUGCUAUUCUCAUGAAGAUUUAUGAUACCGAUCUCAUUGAAGAUGAUGUGUUUAUCAAGUGGGGUGAAAAGCCCUCCAAGCGUUUUGUCGAGAAGGAUGUCUCCAAGGAAGUCAAGAAGGCCUCCAAGCCUUUCCUUGACUGGGUUGCUACCGCUGAAGAGGAAUCAUCUGAAGAAGAAUCUGAUUAA